UGAACUUGUGCUCUUUAACAGGUGGUGGACGACAUGGGCAAUGUCAAGUUUGCAUUGGACACUGGCCCAGACACAACCAGCAACAGCUGGCUCAAGUACGUCCGCUCAGCGCCGUCGUUUGAGGAGCAGAACCUCACCGCCUGUCACCUCACAGGAGACCAGAUUUAUUAUAAAGCUGUUCGGGAUAUUGAAGCAGGGGAGGAGCUCCUGGUGUAUAUGAAGGACGGGAUUUUCCCCGAGGGAUCCAUGGCACCCAACCUACAAGACGAGCAAAUGUACCGCUGUGAAGACUGCGAUGAGCUGUUCUCCUCAACCCUUGAGUUGCGACGGCAUCAGAAGUACUCAUGCUCAAGUGCAGGAUCCAUCUUUGACGCACUGAGAGAGGACUUCAAACAGGAGCGGGAGGACAGCGAUGAGCCCAUCCACGAGUGCAAGGACUGCGAAAAGAUCUUCCCAAAUGAGUACAGUCUGGGGCAACACAUGAUAGUCCACACAGAGGAGAGGGAGUACAAGUGUGACCAGUGUCCCAAAGCCUUCAACUGGAAAUCCAACCUCAUCCGCCACCAGAUGUCUCAUGACAGUGGCAAGCGCUUUGAGUGUGAAAACUGUGAUAAGGUGUUCACAGAUCCCAGCAACCUUCAGCGGCACAUCCGCUCCCAGCACGUGGGAGCACGGGCUCACACGUGUCCUGAAUGUGGCAAGACCUUUGCCACCUCGUCAGGACAAAAAGCCUCAGCCUCUCCAGCCCAGUCUCAGGGUAAAAGCAGCAGUCGCUAUCUAUCUGGGCAUCAAAAAGCGGCCGAGCCCCGGACCCCCCGAUGCGGAUGGGAUGUGAGGGUCCGGAGCCCCCAGGACCCGGCCGAGGUGGUUCUGGCCCUGCGGGAGGCGGUGCAGGGCUGCGGCUGCCAGGUCCACCUGGCCGGCCCGUUCCUCCUGUCCUGCACCCACGGCGCGGCCGGCGCCCGCGUGGCCUUUGAGGCCGAGGUCUGCCAGCUGCCCAACGGGCCAGGUCAGAGCGGCGUGAAGUUCAGGCGCCUGUGGGGGGCGCCGUUGGCCUUCAGAGACAUCGCCGCCAAGGUGUCGAAGGAGCUGGAGCUCCGAGGUGAGGCGGGUAGGUGA